AAAAAAAAAAACAAUGUCGGAUACAGCUCUAAGAAAUAGACGACAACCAGUGAACGAAAAGGCUCUACCAACACCUUCCAGUCCAAAAGAAGAUAUCAAAAAGGUUUCCCUCUUGCAAGAAACCCAUGAAAAACAGCAAAAAAAUGUUCAUCGUAUAGUAUUUAUUGGUCUGACUCUCCUUAGCUUUUUUGUCUCUUUUUAUAAGAUAUGGUACCCAGCAGAAGUAGUAUUUGAUGAAGUCCACUUUGGUAAAUUUGCUGGUUAUUAUUUACGCAGGUCCUACUUUUUUGACGUUCAUCCACCAUUGGCCAAGUUAAUGAUUGCUGCAGUGGGUUAUUUGAUUGGUUAUGAUGGACAUUUCGAAUUCACCAAUAUAGGUGAUAAUUAUAUUGAAAACGAUGUACCCUAUGUAUACUUGCGAUCUUUACCUGCCACACUCAAUGUUCUCUGUGUUUGUCUGGUAUAUUCUAUCAUGAAACAAUCUGGUUAUUCUCUCAGUAUUUGUGCUCUUACGGCUGCAUUGAUGAUUUUCGAUAACGCUUUGGUAGCUCAACACCGUUUGAUUAUGUUGGAUAGUAUGUUGAUUUUCUUUAUGCUUGCCACGGUUUAUUGUUAUAUUCGAUUUCGAAAAUUGCGUUAUCAAGAAUUCUCAUCAAAAUGGUGGUUCUGGUUGAUUGCUACUGGUAUCAACAUGGCAUUAACACUUAGUGUUAAAAUGGUUGGGCUAUUUUUAGUUGUUACCAUAGGAAUUGCUGUUUUGGUUGAUCUUUGGUCUUUGUUUGACAUUCGUCGUGGUCUUGAUAUGAAUCAUUUUAUGCGACAUUUUAAUGCACGUGCUCUUGCUUUGAUCGUUAUCCCUAUCUUUAUUUACUUAUUCUGGUUCUAUAUUCAUUUUGCUAUUUUGAUUGAAUCUGGUCCUGGUGACUCUUUCAUGUCAACUCAUUUUAAGGAAACUUUGAAAAACAGUGCAACGAAAAUGAAAUCGUUGGAAAUACACUACUAUGACAAUAUUACCAUGUUACAUAGAGAUACUGAAGUUUACCUUCAUUCUCAUGCCCUGGAAUACCCACUCCGUUAUGAAGAUGGUCGUAUCAGUAGCAAAGGACAACAAGUGGUUGGUAUUCAAGAACCUGAUGAAAAUAGUUGGUGGCAAGUCUUACCUACAAAAGAAAUUGAUAGCGAAAGUGAAGAUGGAGUCAAGGUUCAUCAUGGUGAUAUUAUUCGAUUGAAACACUUGGCAACAAACACUAUUCUUUUGACGCAUGAUGUAGCUUCUCCAAUAUUAUCAACAAAUGAAGAAGUGACCACGAUAGCUGAUAAUGAUGAUCAUGGCAGAUAUAAUGAAACAUUAUUCAAGGUUCUUUUAGAAGAUAGCAACAAUAAUGAUGUUUGGCAAACUCAUUUGUCUCCUUUCAAAUUACUUCAUAUGGACACCAAGGUAGCAAUUUGGACUCAUGAUCAAGCACUUCCUGAUUGGGGCUUGGGUUUACAAGAUGUUAAUGGCAACAAGAAUACGAAUGAAAAAAGCAAUUAUUGGGUUGGACAGGAUAUUAUGGGAAAAAAUGCUACUGAAAUCAAUAUGAACAAGAAACAAGAAAUCAAAUCAAUGUUAUUUUUAAGAAAAUUCUUCGAACUUCAAGGUCGUAUGCUUAGUCAUAAUGCUGGUCUUACUAAACCUCAUCCUUAUCAAUCCACACCUAUUUCUUGGCCAUUCAUGGUUCGUGGUAUUUCUUACUGGUCCAACAAUGAUACUCGUGAACAAAUCUAUAUGACUGGUAAUCUUAUUGGAUGGUAUCUUGGUUUUGCUAGUGUGAUUAUUUAUGUUGGUGUAUUAUUGGCUGAUACAUUAGCAAGACAUAGAGGAAUAGAACCUAUUGAUGGACCUGUACGACAACGAUUCAUUCACAAUGCUGGCUUCUUUAUCCUACUUUGGCUUCUUCAUUAUGCACCUUUCUUUUUGAUGGGUCGGGCACUCUUCCUUCAUCAUUAUCUUCCAGCCAUGGUUUGUAACUAUAUGCUUUUAGGUGCAGUUCUCCAAUUUAUGUUUAUUGAUGGUAUUGAUUCACCAGUAUCAAGUUUGCAACGGAACAAAGAAGCAUCUAUUCAUCGUUAUCGUAGUGUGGUAUCGUAUAUGCAAGCCCUACCAAGCAACAAUAAAACAAUUUUGGUUUUUGGUUUUAUUCUGUUAUGUCAAGUGGCAAUGUUUAUCUUUUUGGCUCCAAUGACAUAUGGUUCCCCUGGUAUGUCAGUAUCUCAAGUCUUACAACAUAAGAUUUAUAGUAGCUGGGAUCUACAAUACGCAAAAUGAUCUAGCUCAAAAAUAUUUAUUAAGACAAGACUUAUUGGACUCUUAUGGAAGAUGUUAUAUUUAUAGAUUAUUUUUUUUUAUUACUUUAGAUAGUUUAAAAAAAAAAAAGAAAAGAAAAAGACAUAUCAAAUAAACAUAUUUACGACUCUUUAA